CAUGGGGGCGGAGCUAGAGCAGCUGCCGAGCGUUUUCCUGACCGCUGAGUCCCGGCGCUGAGCAGAGCAGCAGAGUGAGCUGUGACUGUGCCGGGGGACGGGCGCUCUGCAGCGGGACUGGAGCAGGGACUAGGGAAGCCCACAUGACUAAAGAAGAGAGCCGCCUAAGAAGCAUUCCUUAUUGGACCACAGACACCCCCAUGAGCAGAAACGCUUUGCAACACUGGUGGACAGGGACAGAGACAAGUCAGAAAUAGGUCACUCGAAUUCCAAUUUCGAGGCGCUGCCAUUGGAGAUGAGGACUUCAGAAGAGCAAGCAGCCACCACAGUGUUGCAGAGACUGCUGCAAGAGCAGUUACGUUACGGGAAUCCUAAUGACAACCGUAACUUGCUGGCCUUGCAUCAACAAGCCACAGGGAACAUUCCCCCUUACGGUGGCGGACAAGUGUCUCAGAACGAGGGACUGAGUUCUCAGGACUCCCAGUUAGUUCCACAUGCUGCCCGCCAAGAGCCUCAAGGGCAGGAAAUCCAGGUGGAGAAUAUGAUGGAGAAGCAGAUACCACUGAGAGCUCAGAACAGUGAAGACCUCCCUACUUAUGAGGAGGCCAAAGUUCAGUCACAGUACUUUCGUGGACAGCCUCAUGCCAGUGUUGGUGCAGCUUUCUAUGUAACUGGGGUGACCAAUCAGAAAAUGAGGACUGAGGGUCGUCCCACAGUUCAGAGGGUUAGCCAAGGGAAAGUUCAUCAGGAUGAUGGUUUGAAGGACCUAAAACAGGGCCAUGUGCGGUCCCUUAGUGAGAGACUAAUGCAGCUGUCACUAGCUACAAGUGGAGUAAAGGCCCAUGCUCCUGUCACCAGUGCCCCGCUUUCCCCACAACCAGGCGACUUCUAUAAAACCUCCGGCGGAUCCAGUGAACUAUACAAAAAUCAUUCACAAAGUGGAGGUCAAAAAGUAAUGGAACAUAGGGGACCUCCGCCUGACUACCCGUUCAAAAAUAUUUCCACUCUCCCUUUACAAGGGAAACCAAAGGACAUGGGGCACCAUUAUGGGGAUCACAGAGGCAGCCAGCAGAACCGUUCAGAUGGGCCUAUGGUCCGCUACCAGCCUCCUCCAGAAUAUGGAUCAUCCAGGCAAAAUCAAGAUGUACAGCAGCAACACCAACAGAGAUCACUGCACUACCACAGUCCCACCUCCUCUCUUACUUCCCUCGGAUCUAUGAGCCUACUACAGUCCCCUUUAGCCAUGUCACCAUCUCAACAGCAGCUUCCAUCCCCAAGCCAUGGGGAAUUCUUUCCUGGAACACCCCGGCCUCAGCAAAUGUCCAGCCAGUUUCAUCAUGGAGACUUUUAUCGCUUGUCUCAGUCAUACUUUGGACAGCAGCAACAGCACCAGCAGCAGCAGCAGCAACCACAGAUGGACCCUGGUUUGUCAAGACCUCCUCCGUUGCCCUCACCAUAUUCCCAGAUACAGAGUGACCCAUUUGCUAUUGUUUCUCGUGCACAACAAAUGGUUGCUGUUCUGUCAGAGGAGAACAGGUCUCUGCGCCAGGAGCUGGAAGGAUGCUAUGACAAAGUGGCAAGGUUUCAGAAAAUGGAGAUGGAAAUCCAGAGAGUCUCUGAAGCGUAUGAAAACCUCGUAAAAUCUUCAUCCAAGAGAGAAACUUUGGAGAAAGCUAUGAGAACAAAACUGGAGGGUGAGAUCCGGAGGAUCCAUGAUUUUAACAGAGACCUUAGAGAGCGGAUGGAAACCGCAAAUAAACAGCUUGCCGCAAAGGAGUUUGAAGGAUCCGAAGACAACAGAAAGACCAUAUCUCAACUUCUAGCACAGAACAAAGAAAUACAGCGAGAGAAAGAGAAGCUGGAGAUGGAACUGUCCUCUUUACGUUCCAUGAAUGAAGACCAAAGAAGGCAUAUUGAGAUCCGGGACCAGGCCCUAAACAAUGCGCAGGCCAAAGUGGUGAAGCUGGAAGAAGAACUGAAGAAGAAGCAGGUGUAUGUUGACAAAGUAGAGAAGAUGCAACAGGCUUUAGCUCAGCUGCAAGCUGCGUGUGAGAAGCGCGAACAACUGGAACACAGAUUGCGGACCAGGCUGGAAAGGGAACUGGAAUCUCUACGCAUGCAGCAGCGCCAGGGGAACUCGCAGUCCAGCAAUGUUUCAGAGUAUAACACUGCUACUCUGAUGGAGCUACUCCGAGAGAAAGAGGAGCGAGUUCUGGCCCUCGAGGCAGACAUGACCAAGUGGGAGCAGAAGUACUUGGAAGAGAGUGUCAUGAGGCAGUUUGCAUUGGAUGCUGCUGCCACCGUGGCUGCACAGAGAGACACUAGCUCAAUCAGCCAUUCUCCUUGUGCAAGUUUUGAUAUAACCCUAGAGGCUCGUAUACAAAAGGAAGAAGAAGAGAUACUUUUGGCCAAUCGACGAUGUGUAGACAUGGAGGGGAGAAUAAAGACUCUGCAUGCACAGAUAAUUGAGAAGGACGCCAUGAUUAAAGUGCUUCAGCAACGUUCUCGCAAAGAUCCCAAUAAGUCGGACCAACCAUCUUCCAUGCGCCCAUCAAAGUCGCUUAUGUCCAUCUCCAAUGCCAGCUCUGGCCUGCUCUCUCACUCUUCUACACUGAGCAAUACCCCAAUUCUGGAGGAGAAACGAGAGGACAAAAGCUGGAAAGGCAGCUUAGGAGUCCUCUUAGGAACUGAAUAUCGCUCAGAGUCUAUCUCAUCCACUCCAUCACCUGUACUUCCAUCCACACCCCAACUGUCUGGACAUUCAAAGACUGGUAGCAAAGACUGCUGCACACAAACAGAUAGAGGCAGUGAACAGAACAAAUCUCCAUCAGUGAGCGCAUCUCCAGGCCCGGGGAGGCUGGCCACUCCGAGCCCCAUGUACAGUUCUGAGAGAACAGAUGCAGUUUUUCAGAGCAGCACGUUGGAUCGAAAAAACCCUGUUCCGCCCCUGGGCCAAGAUCUUACAGAUGGGGAAUUGGUGGAAUAUCUCAUAUAAGCCAGAUAUUUUUUACUUUAACUAUUGUGAUAUUUAUAGGACGAUCUUCUCUUACGCAUAUUUAUACAUAUUUGAAAAUUAAGCAGAGAAAAGUUGUUGGGUUUUUUCUCCCCCGACUCCUGCAAACUUAACAUUUUAUAUUUGUAAAUAAAGUUAUUGCAUUUUGUACAGAAA